AUGUCUACAAUUGCCGCAUCUUUUGUUGCACGCGCUGCCGCUGCUGGAGCAGCCACUAUACUUUCUGCAAACGGUACUAGCUCUGGAGCUACUAGUACCAACGGUACUACAACUGCUGCUGCUGCCGCGGGGGGUGCCGCCACAGGUGGAGGAGGUGCUGCUGCUGCAGGGCCUAGCGAUUUUCAGAUAGUCUGGAGUAUCGACAUCAUCCUCCUCAGUAUUAUCGCUCUUCUUUUUCUCUUACGGCUACCUCGUUUCCUCGCCCGCAUGUACAGAUUUUCCGAGUGGACCAGCGGUCUUAUCCUUCGAAAUCGGCCUUACCAUAUGCGAACCAACGGUCGACGUGUGCAAUUUUCCAUGUCUAAUAAUGUCAGCAUGGACGAUCUUGCGACUGACGACUCGCAUGCGACGUACCAGGAAAAAGCUUUCGCCCAGCGUAUUAGUACCACUGGAGCGCAGGCACAAGGUUCCUACCCUCCUCAUGUUUCCAACUGCAUCACGUUCUUCCGACCGUUGCUCAAAGUGAUGCACGCUCGCAUAAACACUGGGGUUUCCUUUUCUCAUGUGGCAAUGAUGUUGUUUUGGACAGGAGUCAUCGUAUUCCCUGCAUUCUACAUGACGGAAGCGUUCACCGAUCCCGUCCGUUUUGGUUAUAUAACAGCUUCCCAACUUCCGUUCGUUUAUGCAUUCGGUACAAAGAACAAUGUCCUUGCCACGUUCUUGGGAAUCGGGUAUGAAAAGAUCAACUUCAUGCAUCGCCAUGCGGGUCGCAUCGUCUUGGUCUCUGUCAAUGUUCAUGGCCUUGGUUACAUUUAUAAAUGGUGCCUUGCCUCCAGUUUCAUGGAAGAAAUCGCAAAUCCAAAAUGCUACUGGGGUCUGAUUGGCAUGAUUUGCAUCGACGGUCUAUUCCUGUUCUCCACAGAAUUUGUGCGAAAAAAGGCAUACAAUAUUUUCCUUGCGACCCACAUAUCUGCACUAUCGGUACUUGUCAUCGCGAUGUUCAACCAUUACGAUGGUGCUAUCCCCUGGGCCUACGCUUGCGCCGCCUUCUAUCUGUUCGACCUCUUGCUACGAAUAACUAAAACUCGUGUCUCCACUGCUACCCUCCGUGCGAUCCCGGAGCUCGGCGUCACUCGUGUCGAGAUCCCCAAUAUUAACAGCGGGUGGCGCGCAGGUCAGCACGUCCGUCUCCGUGUCCUUUCCAGUGGCAUGGGCCUCAUCGGCUGGUCAGAGAUUCAUCCCUUCACUAUUGCUUCAGUUGCCGAUGGCCCGGAGGGUAUGGUGUUGUUCUGUAAAAAGGUUGGAAGCUGGACGAACCGACUCUAUGACAUGGCGAACACCACUGGUUCUGAAGACAAUGGCCGCAAGGUUUCGGUCAUAGUUCAAGGUCCUUAUGGUGGACUUGGUAAUUGCAUGGUUUCUAGUUUCUCCGCUGCAACCUUCGUUUGCGGUGGGAGUGGUAUCACCCUCGCUACUUCUACCAUGCAGGAGCUAAUCCAGAAAGACCUGGAUGGCGAAAGUCGCGUCAAGUCCAUCGAACUCAUUUGGACUGUGCAAGAUGCUUCCGCCUUGAUCCCGAUGCUUCCUUUGUUCACUUCCAUGAUCCAACAAAGCGUUUUCACUCCGAUCCGAAUUUCCGUAUUCUACACUCGUGCACCGAUAGGAAAAUUCCCUUUCGCAGACGAUUUUUUCCGGUCAACCUCGCUCACCUUGUCUCCUGGUCGGCCUAAAUUUUACAAACAACUCGAGGAGACUAUCACACGCACGACUGCGUUGAAUUCGAGUGUCAAAGGCGGAAACACUUGCGGUCUUUUUGUCGGUGUGUGUGGACCGGUUGCCCUAGCUGAUGGUGUUUUCGCGGCGGCUAGUAAGAUUGACCCAUAUCGAAGAGAUCAAAUCGGAGGGGUCGAGGUCCAUGCAGAGUGA